AUGGACUUGAAUCUUGAGUGUCAAAUCGAUUUUGUUGAUUGUCGAAAACAUGAAAUUCAAUAUCGCAUGGAUUCAUUGGAACAAUGGCUGAAGAAUAUCUAUGAAGGUGAUCCAAUAGACUAUGAAAAAGAUCUAUAUUUUGAUUGUCCUGACCAUUUUCCAACUUACAAUGCUUUGAUGAGUUCAAAAGAUCAAGCAGCUGGUGACAGUGUACUUUUUCAGUCUGCUAUGCAGUAUCCAUGGAUCUGCGAAAUUUGGUUAUCCGUGCAUCGAAAAACGAAUCUAUUUCGUCGUUUGUUGAACUGUUUUCGGCCAUCUCGAAGGCGAUCAUUCUCCAACUUAGCUCAAGAAUUCGUUCGCUUACACGCUGGCUAUUUCAGCUAUCCUGUUGGUUUCAAAUUUUACCUUUCCUAUGCGAAAGAAAGAUGGCUUCUCGUUUUGAGCGAUGUCAAAUUCAUAAACUAUCCGGUUUUUCCUUAUCCUCAAACACGGAUUAUCUUUAUUCGUAACGGCAUUUCAUUUAUCGCGAGAUAA